AGGAGAGGAAGCGGCGCCGGAGCGGCAGCAUGAGCGUCGCGCGGGUGCUACGCAUGGCAGCRCUGCUGCUCGCGCCAGGGGUUUUUCCAGGAGCGGUUGGUGACACCAUAACUGUGACGGAGGGCRAGGACUUAACUCUCCGCUGCAGUCUCGGUGGCGAGAGCAGCUCUGCCCGGCAGUGGCUGAACCCCCGGGGCUUUGCCAUUUUCCUGGACGCCCAGCGGGGUUUAAAGGAUCAGAGGUACAAACUCAUCCAUUAUUCAAAGGAAGAAUUAUCCAUUCGACUGUCUAAUGUAACAGUGCAUGAUGAAGGCRUAUACAGAUGCUUCUACUAUGGCACCCCGUUCCAAAUGAAGAACAAAACUGUCAAAGUUUUAGCUGCUCCUUCCAAGCCAGUAGUGCAAGUAUCUCAAGACGCAGAGAAAAGGCUCACACUGUCCUGCCGCACCAGAGGAAGCAAACCACAGCCGCGCAUUAGCUGGCUCUUGGACAACGGGAUAGAGCUUCCCGGUGACACUCGGCACACGGCAGAAGGCGACGGGAAGAGAUGGAGCACGUGCAGCACGCUCACAGUGCUGGCCCACAGGCCCAGCUCCACGGCCACCUGCGUCGCUCGCCACCGGGCGCUGGGAGAGGAGCAGCUCACGGCAACGUUCCGCUUCGGGAGCCUCCCGCCGCCUGCUACAGAUUCUGCUCCAACUGCAGUAGACGUCGAUACAACCAUCUCAGAGCGGGAGCACUCAACAGCAAAUUCAGACCUGAACAGCAGUGCAGCCUUUUCUCUUGCCUACCCACAAUACAAUGGGUCAGAAACAACACCAGCUACUGCAGGAGACGAGGAACCCUCUGGCACUUGGAGUUACAACRUCCCCAAUGGGACCGAAACAACCUCCAACGGAACAGCCACAGAGGAACUUCCCAGGACCGAGGCCUCACCAGCCAGUGAAAACUCAACUGCAAUGACCACSCGCACCUUCAAGCAAGAUAUGAAAAAUGAAGGCAUCAAAAAGGAGAAAAACCUUCUGCUGCCCAUCCUGGUGGCUGUUCUCAUUUUUGUGCUGCUCAUCAUCGUCUCGCUUUUCAUGAGGAAGCUGAAAAAAGCUCAUGGGCUGUGGAAGAGAGAGAAUGAUGCUUCAGAGCAGACACUGGAGAGCUAUAAAUCCAGGUCUAAUGAGGACAAUCCAGGCCCUGAGAAAAACAAACAAGCUGUCAAUCAGAAGUGUGAUGUGCAAUGCGUAACAAAAGGACAUGUGGAAACAACACAGACGAAUCUAACAGACAAAAGUUGUGCAAUAGCUGAGAAACUGUUUGCMUGUGGAAAAGAAACUGAUGUUUAGUACAGUUAUACAGUUUAGUACAGCAAAUCUAUACCAGAAAGCCACUUUUUGUGCUUUGAAUAUUGAUAAU